AUGAAGUGGCAAAUAUUGCUGAUCGCAAUUGCCGUGAUACAAGGAUGCACUGCAGUAGGCCGAAUUCUACUUCUUGGGGAAACAGUAGGGAUUAAGGACUCGCACUCGACCUAUAUUGAAUCAUUGAAAGCUCGGGGAUAUACUGUUUCCGUUCGUGCUGCUGAUGAACAAAAUUUGGCGAUUUUCAAGCAUGGAGAGCGUAUCUUUGAUCACCUGAUUAUUUUUGCUCCUGGAGUGCAAGUUUUUGGUGGUUCAUUGUCACCAAAUGAAAUUUCGAAGUUUGUUGAUGCUGGCGGAAACGUUCUUGUUGCCGCCUCAUCAAACAUCGGAGACUCAAUCAGAGAACUAGCUGUGCUCAAUGGAUUUGAAUUUGAUGUCGCUGGAAAUUCUGUUAUUGAUCACCACAACUAUGACACUUCUUUGGAUUCUGGAGAUCACACUACUCUUGUCAUUUCGAAAAAUCAACUGCUUAAUGCUCAACUUGUUACGGGAGAUGUCGACAAGCUGAAACCUGUGUUGUUUAAGGGGGUUGGACUUGUUGCUUCUCGAUCGAAUCGUCUUGCUCUUGGUAUCGUGAAGGCUACUCCAACAUCAUACUCCUACAAUCCAAGUGCAACCAAAGUUGUGAAUCCGGCGAUCGCUGGAUCUCGUGGUCUUCUUAUUGGCGGACUUCAAGCUCGUAACAAUGCUCGAAUCGUAUUUACUGGAAGUGUUGAUAUGUUCUCAAACGCUUUCUUCUCAGCUAAAGUUAAUUCUGUGAACCCAGCAGUUACAGAAAAGAAUGUUGUUUCUGGAAAUGCCCAACUUAUCGACGCGAUCACCAAGUGGGUGCUGAAAGAGAACGGCGUUCUUCGGGUGAAAAGUGUUAAUCAUCAUAAACAAGGGGAGUCGAAACCGCCAGCCCAGGAAUAUACCAUUACGGAUGACGUCGUUUAUACCAUCGAAAUCGAAGAAUUGAAAAAUGGCGCCUGGGUUCCAUUCAAUGGAAAAGAUGUUCAACUCGAGCUUGUUAGGAUCGAUCCAUUUGUCAGAACUACACUCAAAAACAAGAAUGGAAUCUUUACUGCUCACUUCAAAUUACCAGAUGUUUAUGGAGUCUUCAAAUUCCUGGUCGAUUAUAGACGCGUCGGAUAUACCCAUUUGUAUGAUGUUCAGCAGAUGUCAGUUCGUCCGCUGUGGCACACACAGUAUGAGAGGUUCAUUCGUUCCGCCUAUCCGUAUUAUGCGUCGAGUUUCUCGAUGAUGAUCGGACUUGUUCUGUUCUCGAUUGUUUAUCUUUACCACAAAGAGGAUACUUCCAAGGUUGCCGAAUAUGAAAAGAAAAAAAAUUAA